AUCGCGGCCUAGAAGUAACGAAACUCGAUGAAUCGAUUUUUGCCUGCCACCGAAGGAGUCCGAAAAGGGACCAUGAACGAUCCUUCCGAAAAGCGCACCCCGAAGAGGAUGUCGAAGACUCCCCUGCUGCUAUCGACCUUGUUCCUGCUUCUCCUCGCCAUUGACCAAACGAACGGCGCGAUGACCACCGAGCAAAUGCAAACGGCUGCCAAGGGGUUCCGGAGGACCUGCCAGGGGAAAAUCAGCGUGGACACCGCCCUCCUGGACGGCAUGUCUAAGGGCGAAUUUCCUGAGGACAGGAAUCUGCAGUGCUACAUAAAAUGCGUCAUGAAUUUACUCCGUACGAUGCGAGGCAACAAAGUAGACGCCGACAUGCUGGUCAAGCAGGUCGAGAUAAUGAUGCCAGUCGAACGACAAGACGCGAUGAAGCAAGUGAUCCACACCUGUGCGGGGACCCCCGAGGCCGAAGACGCCUGCGUGACGGCAUUCCGGUUCCUGAAGUGCACCUGGGACAUCGACCCGGCCAACUUUUUCUUCCCCUGAAGAAGACCCCGAAGAGGCCCUUUGCUCCAGCUCGAGGACGAAGUGCGAGGCUUACGUGCGAUUAGAAACAAGCACCGAGACAAUUUGCGUUUCGGAGUUCAGAGGGCAAGAUACGCGGGGAAUUACGGAGAAGGCGAGCAAAGGGGUGAUUUCGUGGGGGAGCAAAAGAAAUAGUACUUCGAGUAACCGAGAGCUUCUAAGCUCCUGUACCUCUCGGGGCAAGAGUAAGAGCGAACGGAGGCGAAAGUAAAAAACGAGGAGGCAGAAGAAAGAAUAAACAUGGAAGACGUUAGGUCGCCAUUUGUCGAGCUCCCAGCCUA